AUGGUUGUCUGGGACCGCCUCAUCCGCUUCAUAGCGACAGACGGCCGCGUACUCCGCGGAGAGCCUAUUAUUCCCUCGGCGAACUUCGAUCUGGGGACGGUAACCGAGGACACAAAACUCAAGGCCAGGGUCAUUUCCGGCGAAGACAUCUACGAUGAGACGGGCAAGACCAAGGUCACCGACGAAGUUGUCACGGUGAAGCGGCUUCUCGGGCCUCUGGCGCAGGACGACGUGGGAAUAUUGCGAUGUGUUGGUCUCAACUAUGCAAAACACAUCAAGGAGGCCGGCCGCACUCCCCCUCCUUUCCCCUUCAUCUUCUUCAAGCCCAAUACCUGCAUCCAGGACCACGACGCCGACGUUGUGAUCCCCAAGGUUGCCCAGGACGACCAGGCAGACUACGAGGGCGAGCUGUGCCUCGUCAUCGGCAAGGAUGCCAAGGACGUUCCUCUGGACAAGGCGCUCGAGUUCGUCGCCGCGUACACCUGCGGUAACGACAUUUCGUCACGCAAGCUUCAAAGAGACCCUAAACUCGCAGGAGGCGUCCCUCAGUGGGGUUUCUCCAAGGGUUUCGACACGUUCGCACCCUUGGGGCCUUGUCUCGUCCGGUCUGGUUUGAUUGGGGAUCCGAAGGAGCUCGAGUUGAAAACAAUCAUUGAUGGAGAAGUGCGCCAGCAGGAGAUGGUCUCUGACCUGCUGUUCGACUGCGCGUAUAUUGUCUCGCACUUGUCAACGGGAACGACACUGAAGAAAGGUUCAGUCAUUAUGACUGGCACACCUGGAGGUGUUGGUGCAGGAUUGAAACCCCCGAGAUAUUUAGUCCCCGGGACGGUGAUGGAGGUGGUGAUUGACAAGAUUGGAACCCUCCGAAAUGUGGUUUCCUUUGCAUGA